GGGUGAGGUGGCCGAGGGCUGCUCCGAUUCGCAGCAGCUUGUCUGUGCACCAGCACCCUAGAAUGAGCAGUCUCCGGGCCAUGAAGACCUUGUCCCUGGUCUUGCUGGUGGCCCUGCUGAGCAUGGAGAGGGGUCUGCGCUGCUACGGAUGCUUGGCGGUCUCGGGAGGGGCCUCCUGCAGCGUGGUGUGCCCCUUCCCGGAUGGGGUCUGUGUCUCCCAGAAAGUGAGCGUCUUUGGCAGUAAAGUGAGAAGGGAGAACAAGCUCUGCCUGCCCUCCUGCCAGAAGGACGUCGGAUUCCCCUUGCUGAAACUUACAAGUGCCGUCGUGGACUCCUAGAUCUCCUGCUGCAAGGGAGACCUCUGCAAUGCGGCGGUCCCGGCAGCCGGCAGCCCCUGGGCCCUGUGCGUGCAGCUCCUGCUCAGCCUGGGGUCAGUCUUCCUCUGGGCUCUGCUGUGAGGGCCUUUCCCGCCCCCUCACCCUACCCCUCCCCUGCAGCCCUACCCUCUGUCCCUGUGCGUCACCAGCUGCUUGGUUUUGAACAGCUGCUUCACUGAAUUGCAGGAAUUCUGGUGUGGCUUUUCAGCCAUGAGAUCAGGGGAAGGAUGUGGCCAGGGCAGAGGUGGGGGCUUCCCUGUCAGGGGACAUAUCCCUGCUGAAACUCAUUGUCCUCCGGGCCCAGGCCCUCCAGCCCAUGCUCCCUGCAACACCACUUUUUUCAGAGCUGGGCCUUAGAGACCGGGCCCCACCGCUGGCUGCUUGGGACCCAGGGUCAUAGAGAAACCGUGGCCCAGGGUGGGAGUCACCGGCUCCA